AUGCAUCUUUCGGUUUUCCUGUUUCUGCUCACUUAUCCACUCUCCGUACUAUGUGAAGUUCACAGUGUUAAGUCGCUAGAUUUCUUCUACGAUACGGUUAAUACUGAGUCCUACACAGUGGUUAAGUAUUUUACGACGUGGUGCUCUCAUUGCAAGCAUCUAGGCCCAGUGUUCGAUCAAUUAAGCAACAAAUUUGACAACGCCUCCAUGGCAAAUAUCACCUUUCUUGAGGUGAACUGCGAUUUGUUUGGAUCAACACUAUGUAGACGGUUGCCAGGUUAUCCUGUCGUCGAGCUUAUUAAGCCUUUAGUAAUCGACGAAGAAGUCGGAAUCUCAGAUCUCUAUAAUGAAUCCAGAUUACCAUGGUACAAACGCCUUAUUAAUCGUGUAAGUCAAGGCGGGUUCAAUCCUGCGUGGACCUUGGAUUUGUCUCGCGUUGUCGAGUUCAAGGGAAACCGCAACCUGGACGUUCUCAGUAACUUUAUUGAGCAGGCUAUUGAGAAGAAUGCAAAAGAUGUUUUAGUUGAACAAAUCAUGUCUGGUAAAGAAUGCAAUACUGAGGCAUGCGAGAAAGGUAGAAAGUAUCUCGAUAACGUUAUAAAUGUGGGCGCUGAGAUAAAGAAACUGCAAGGAAUUCUAAAAAGCAACCCUGACGAAGAACUCGAGGAAAUCAAGUUUAGGCUACGUCUCCUCCAAGAUCAGGAAGAUCUCAACCAUGACGAGUUGUAA